AUGGUUAGUCCUGGUCCACCAGAAGACAGCGACACAGACCUGUCAGAGUCAGAAAGGUGCCUAGAGUACUCCUCCUGCCGAGUGCCUCCACACCUGGAGCUAAGGUCCGAGGUCAUUGAGGAUGAGGAGUCCAUUUCUUACAGAGCCAGAGGACGGGACCGUGGCAGGUUGGCCUUUCCAGAUUUCCUCCCUCCUCCUUUUAAUUCCUGGAACCUGAGUCAGCUGGCUGUUUUCUACAACAUGGAGGGCAGAGCGGCUCCUUGGCCCCGGUCCAACAGCCCUCUAGAGCGGUACCUUCAGAAGCUGCUACAACUGGAGUGGCAUCAACUGCAGACCAUCCAAGAAGAGCGUGGGCAGCUGCACGUGUCAGAAGUGACCUCCAGCUGUCCCAGGUCUGUUGUCUCACGCCUCAGCUCUCCGAAGUGUAUCCUCCAAUGCCAGCGUGCCUUCCCCCUCACCUUCCUGUCACCGCUGGUCAGUCACCCCACACUGCUCUCCAGCUGUGCCUACACUCCCUGCUCGACCUGCUCCUAUGCCCGCAGAGUAGCGUGUUGCCGUGAGUCCAGGCUGAGCCCCCCACGGCAAAGCAGAGUUGUCACAUCAGUUACCAAAAGGAGUUGCAGUGAAAACCGGGUGCACUCCUCAGAUCGCAUCCCAGGAUCUCAACGGUUGAGCAGCCCUUCCAGGACCAGCAUCUACCUUAGGAGAAUGCAGGCAUCAGGAAACAUACGCAACCCUGUCCAAGGUGCUGCAAGCAGGUCACUUUCUGCUGCCCCCAAGUCCAGGGGCCACAGUGAGGAAGGACAUAUGUUGGACUGCAGCACAGGAGAGUUCAGGAGGAGGAGUGGCUCUGAGCAGAGGGUCAGUGGACCCAAGAGACAGCAGAACCGGUCAGAAAACAGACAAAGCAGCUCUGAGUGUAGGAAAGGAAGAGCUGAACAACGCAGAGCAGCCGACUUGAAAAAUAAACAAGUCAAACUAGACGCUGUCCCUGCAAUCCUAGUCAAGUUUCCCAGGUCCAAACAUUCUCAAAUCACAGGACUAAGCAGGUCCAAAGCUGUUGAAUUUGUUCUGUAGCAGCAGGUUUAGAGUUGUUGUUUUAUGGAGUGCACAC